AUGUCCGCAAGAUACCGGCAGAAAGCCUGCAUUGCCUGCGCAAAUUCAAAGCGCAGGUGUGACAAGCAGCUACCUGAGUGCCAGCGCUGCUUGGACAGGGACGUGGAGUGCCUAUAUCCGGAGCCAAAGAGAAGGCGAAGAAAUCCUAUUGUGUGUGACAACGAGGCUGAAGAAUUUCCAACCGACCCUGAUGCACUGCGGAGCUGUCUUACUGAUUUCGAAGAUUGGGGCGCUAUGGUGGGGGCCGCAGAUCUUAACUUCACCAUGUCAGAUGUGAUGGCACCAUUUAUCCCAGCAUUGUCGGUACCAGCGAGUGAUGUACAAGCUCAGGAUGCUGCACUUCCGAGGGGCGACAUCGUGACUACGCAAUGUCCCUGGUUUCUCAGAGAUGAGACCUGGACUAUGCGGCACAGAAACGAAGAACCAGCUUGCAAAACUGGUAUUCAGCUGGAACCUUUCAUCCGCGCCGUAGAGGAAAUGCUGCGAUCGUGGGUUAGGAAUGGCUAUAAUAGCUUCAUUCAUCGACGGCUGUAUGAGCAUUGCAUGCCUACAUGUGUCCAGGACGCCUUCACAACUCUUGCGGCCUAUGCUGGUUGUACCCCAGCGGUGAAGGAGACCAUACUGCAGAUAGUCGAGGAGCGCUUGUCUGCACUUGUCCGCCAGAGUCCUCCCACCGAUAGCCGUGCACAUGGUAUUCUGGACCACCUGGGCCGUGUUCAGGCGCUAUUUGUCUACGAAUUCAUAGCGCUUUUUGAUGGCUCCGUGCGUCUGCGUGCAACUGCCGAGAAACAUAUUCCGACUCUUCGGCAGUGGGUAACCCAGAUGUGGGAGGCAGUAAAAUUAAAUCGAGGGGAAGACCGUCCCUGGGACAACCCUCCCCUUCAAUGGACGGCAAGUGAGUUCGACAAGGAAUACGAUGUCUGUUCAGCGAUGUGGCGGCUAUGGGUCUUGACUGAAAGUGUCCGGCGCUCGCGUCUAAUCAUUGACACUGUCAUUAACGUAUACGAAACCACAACUAAAGGAUGGGCUGAUUGUACUGGAAGUGUUAUGUUUACUUCGCGCCGUGGCUUGUGGGACGCCGAAUCUGCCAUGAAGUGGUUUGAACUAUGCCGUCUGAAACCCCCACUUCUAGUGGAUUCCUUGCAGCCUGGGGCUUUGAUGUCACAGUAUCCAGCCGAGGAGCUAGACGAUUUAGCAAAGUUAUACUGGACAUUCAUAGUGGGCGCAGACAAGAUACAAUGUUGGAUUGAUAGGACAUCUAUAGCAACGGGAAGGGCUUAG